AUGGAUCACAUAUCGACGCUCUGUGCCCUCAGCACAGUAGGAAUAGCCACCUCCGGUCUGGCUCUCGGUCGCGUCGAACGCUCCAAGUCUAAGAUCUUCCGCCGAAAGACCUUCUCCUAUAACCAAGCUCCUCCCACUCCUUCAGAACAACCCACCCCGGUCGACGUGCGACCCAAGACUUCACGAUCCGCUCGACCGACCACGGCUGGAGUAGACUGGACACACUUCUCGGAGAAAGCCAUCGACGGGCAGGAUGGGUCGGCUCGAGAUUCAUUGCAGGGCCCGGAUCUGCGCAGGGCAUCCAUGUCCUUCAGCGCGGCCAGACGUCGCCGUCGCGGUCAAACACUAAGCAACCCGCCCUUGCGAAUCCCCGAGGAUGAACCCGCUGAAUCGACUACUUCUCAAGAGUCCCACUCACGCCGUCCGUCGACAAGUUGGCUCCGUCGGCUGUCGAUGGUCUCCUUCCAAACAGAGAGCCCAUCGACCAACAGCCCUGUCACACCCUCCUUUAAUGGUUCGGCGAGCCCAAUCCUUCCUCGUCCAACCAGCUCACGCCGCGCACCAAACAAACUAGUAAAACGCUCGUCUUCACAACAUUCUAAUGCUAACCCUCUCUUUAUCAAUACAUCGGUGGCCCCGGCGUCUGCCCUACGCAGACCGGCGACCAGCCAUCAGCGGUCGGAGUCAAUGCGCCUGCAGUCACCUCUCACGAUGGACUUCGGCACACGCUUCUCGGAUAAUUACUCUAUGGAAUCACCUACGGCCGAAGAGUUUGAACUGCACUUUCAAAACGACUGGAGGCCGUAUCUGCUGCCAAAAUUGGAGGGCUUUCCAGAGAGAUUGGCCCGAAGGCUAUCCACAACCGCAACCCCCAAACCUCUGGGAGUGCGACGGAUUAUUUCCGAGCCAGAUACGCUUCCUGCCUUGGUGUUGUCAACCGCAAUCACCUCCAGAACGUCUCCAUCACGAGAUGAUCAAUCAGUGCCUGUCACUCCAGUCACGUUCCGUAAUCCGUUCCAGACCGAACUGAAAACAGGCGUUGCUUCUGUUGCCUCUGCUGCAUCUGCUGCACCUCCGCCCCCCCUCGGCGCCUCACCACCGCCUGAGAAACUGGCUCACAAGCACUCGUUCUCAUUGAAUGAUGUUGAACCCAAGAAGAUCAUCGUUAACACGGUGACUGCUUCUGGUACUCCAAUUCCUGGACGCGCUCGUGCUGGGUCUUUGAAACGGGUCAAGGGCAGGACCUUCUCAAUCCCUCGAUCAGAGCUUGCGAAACUGCACAGCUUAAAUCCAAGUCCCCCGCAAGCUCCUCAGCGGCGUAACAUCACAGAUCCCUCCGUCUUCCGCCGUCCAUUCACGCUUUCGCCACCUGCACUGGCAGUUCCGGUGUUUGGUAGAGACCAUCUCGUGGCUCCGCGUUCAUUCUCCCAGGAUUACAAUCUUGGCAUGCGUGGUCAGCGUCCACUGACAUCUGAUGCUGUUGCUCUGUCUGCGUGGCAGCAUUCCACUCGUCCAGGUAGUUAUACGUUCUCUUCUCUCCGCCGUCGGCCAAAACGACAUUCCAUUGCGGCUUCAGAUCCCUCGUAUCCCUCGUCAACCGUGAUUGGCUCCGAUGACACGCGAGUCUUCACAUCAGGUGAUGAAUAUGAGACGGAUAUCAUGACCGAUUAUUGGGACUCGGUUCGCACGCGAGAGACGAAUGGUGGUGGGUUGAAAGGACUGCACAUUGAGACGAUGUUCGACAAAGCGGGUUCACGUCUGUCAAACGAGGAAGUCACGACUCUUGAGGAUCUGCUCCCGCGCGGUUCCUUUGCGUCACGUCUGGAACAGGAAGCCCCUCUUUUCCCCGAUUCCCUUAUCCCGUCGGUGGCUCAGGUCCAACUCAAUGACGACUCCUGGAUCUCAGAGGGUGAUGAGGAAAAUGCAAGCAUGAUCGGAGGACUUCCUGGUGAGCCUAAUGGUCCUCCAGUGCAGUUGCCGCUUUCUGGUUCUUUAUCCAAGAUCUCAGUAGGGCAGACUGCUUCUUCAUCUGCAAUUCCUCAGCCGGGUUCGCCUGUCGCCGAGUCACACACGAGCCAGAAAAUGAACAUUUUCGACUGGUCUGAGCAGGCCCGCCCUGAUCGUGAUGCUGUGGAUACCGAGGCCCGCCCACGGACAAUGCAUGGAAAGCAAAGUGGCGUUGACAGAGGAAGUCGUGCGGCUUGUCGAAAAGUGCCUUCAUCUAUACAUCUUCGGAGUCAGAGUGUACCCGUGGCAAGAGAGCUCCCCGCGAAUGAAACUCGUCAGCCAUCUGGUAAAUUCGGCACCUGGGGCUUGGGCUCCAAGGGCGUGAGCGAAGACUGGGACAGUGACUUUGACUUUGACGACAGUGAAGAGCCUGCCCCUAGCAACGACACAAAUAGCUCCGAGCCCGAAGCCGCCCCUCAGAGCAUGAUGGUUCCCAAGGCCAUUCUUGAACGGCAGGCAAGCCUUCGAGGUCAGUUUGGCCAGGUGCAGGAGCUCACGCUGCUCGUCGAAGAACUCAAACGGCUUCGGCAUCAGGCGAGUGUCUUGGAUCUUGUGUCCGGCCCAUCGAGCGAACUGUGGAAAGAAGCAGAAGGCAUCGUCAAUCUGGCUACCAUUGACGAUGAGGAUGAACGCCGCUCUCCCCCCAGGUCACCCUCUUCGCUUACUUUUAGCUUCGACGACUCGGACGAUGAAGGGGUUAACAGUGCAUCCAAGCGCAACAGUGAUAGCUCCUGGCAAGGAGGCCCCCAGCAGAGCACUCAGUUCCAACCCACACCACCCAAGCAUCCCAAGGAAAAUCUCCCUAGUGGGUCCUGGCAGAGCAACGCGCAACACGAAACCCGGCUUUAUAAUCCUACCGUUGGACAACUUUCCAAGAACUCUCCAAAAUCGAAAUCGGUCCUCGACAUCCUACAAACUAGUCGCCGUACCGAUGACUCUACUCUGUCUCCACCUCCUCGCACUCAAAAACUUCCCUUUGAUACCCAAUCUCUUCGUGAUCUUGUUGUCCGGGCUGGAGUGGUCACACGCGCCUUGAAGGAGGUCAUCCGCAAGGCAGAAGGUGUUGACUCAAGCCCGCAAAAUGUCUUCCCCUCCGAUCCUCCUUUCCGACGGAUAUUCGACCAACCACAUGACGACCUUGCAAGCUUCGAGGCUGCGUUGGCAGAGAUGCAUUGA